AUGAGCCUGUUCGCCAAUCUGCGGGCCCGAGCAGUCCAGCUGUUUGACAAUUCGGACACAGGCGGCAUAUAUUCAAGGGAACAGACCAAAGAUGAGCUGUUCAGGGCAAAGUACAAACUGCCUGAGCCUGAAACGCCUAUGCAGACCGUCCCUGUACAGCUGGUUGCCAUUGAAUCAGGCGGCCCAAUGACCGGCCCAACGUUCGAGGGUGAUCUCACGCUCUCAGAGUCUUUUCUGCUAUUUGAGUGCCACAAGAACGCUCGGGCGUGCUGUUUUGCUUUACCACUUGUCGUAGUGCGGCGAGUGGAACGGCUGCCGUCCCGAAAUUAUUUGUUUGCUUUACAGAUCGAGCUGUAUCCUGGUCAUGCGAUCAUUGUGAAUUUCAAUGGGCUUAUUUCUGGGUGCGAAGAAUUCUGUGCUAUGUUCAAGCAGAAUUUACGCACCAACCUGCCGUUGGCAAAGCAGGCGCGGAAGUUUUCAACCACCUUCUACUCCGAGUACAUGGUCGACUUUUUAGAAUGGAAGCGUACCACGCCCAACGACGAAGCGUCCAAGCCGCAACCGCCAGAGGGUGGAUUAGGAAGAACUUUUGGGUUUCCUGGUGAUGCCAAAAAGUUAAGAGACCGUGCUAAAGUUCGACUUUGGGCUGAAUACUUUCAGAGCCACGGACGUAAUAUUACGCUGAUUUGCCAACCGGGAUUUUACAAGCUUAUUCGAGUCGGUCUACCUAAUCGGUUGCGAGGCGAAAUCUGGGAAGAGUGUUCCGGUGCUGUGUACCACCGCCUCCGGUCUCCAAACUUCUACGAAUCAAUGCUCUUGGAAUACACUGGUCAGGCAUCAUUAGCUAUUGAGGAGAUUGAAAAAGACCUCAAUAGAUCAUUACCGGAAUACCAAGGAUACCAAUCUCCAGAGGGCAUUGACAAGCUUCGCCGGGUUUUGACUGCUUACAGUUGGAAAAAUCCCGAAGUAGGCUACUGUCAGGCAAUGAACAUUGUUGCAGCUGCUCUUUUGAUUUACCAAACCGAAGAGCAAGCGUUUUGGACAUUAAAUAUACUCUGCAAUAAUAUGCUUCCCGGUUAUUAUUCUCGGACCAUGUACGGUACCCUACUGGACCAGAAGGUCUUGGAGAAACUAAUGGAGAGGACCAUGCCUAUGCUGUACGUUCACAUGCAGAAGCGAGAAGUUCCCCUGUCUGUUGUGUCUUUGCCCUGGUUUUUAUCUUUGUUCAUUAAUGCCAUGCCACUGGUUUACGCAUUCCGUAUUAUGGACAUAUUUUUCCUUGAAGGCUCCAGGGUCCUGUUCCAAGUGGCAUUGGCUAUUUUCAAAGUGAAUGGGGAGGUAAUUCUUGCUGCAGAGGAUAAUACCAAAAUUGUCGAGGUCCUACGCAACUACUUUGAUACUUUAGACCAGCCAUGCGGAUUCCCUGCCCGCCCAGGUAAGCCGCCAGUUACAAAAUUCCAGGAACUUAUGGUUAUUGCAUUCCGUGAAUUCUCUGUUAUUACCGACAAGAUGAUUCGAGGUUAUCGUGCCAAGAAUGAAAGCCAGAUUUUAACUGAAAUCGAGACGUUUGCCAAACGGACCCAGCUCCGCAACCUCCCCAAGACAUCCCAUUUGACUGUGGACCAAACCUCCCUUAUUUAUGACAAAUUUUAUGCUUCUGUACAAGAGCAACGGCCAGGACUCGGUGGCCAUACGCAAAACCUCUCUUUCAGCCAGUUUUUGACUUUCCUCAGUGGCAUUUGCUUGUCAAUGCAACCCAAAUACAUUUCACGCAAAGAGCUGGAACGUAAUGACUUCAUUCGUCGCCUCUUCAAAAACUGGGACCAUAAAUCUAGAGACGAGUUGUCGCUUGCCGAUGUCGUGGCGGGGGUUGACGGGCUUUACUCAGGUAACCUCAUGGAUGCUAUGAAUUGCUUUUUUGAGCUUUUUGCCAAGGAAAACAAUGUUAUCGAUGAGAAUGGGAUUCUGGCCAUGUCAGAGGCUAUGCUUCUAUUCAUGCGACCAUUUUCUCAGCAAGAUGGCCUGCUCGAUCGAAAAUCCCAGCUGGAAUUGAACAAAGUCACCAUCGAAGACCCCGAUCGAAUGGCUGCUGCUCAAGACGAAAUUCGACAACAACAAAGUGUACGAUACCUUUCUGCUGUUUCAGGCUUUAUACAACGAGCCGCAGCGCAGGCUAAACUCGACGGCGAGACAGUUAAUGUCACGCACCACAUGGAUCUUAUUGAUUUCAAUGAAGAAUCAGACACCGAAGAGAAACCGGAAACAAGACCGGCAGGACUUUCUCUUCCUUCAUUCCGUAUGGUCGUUCUCGCGGACGAAACCUUGGAGGACUUUUUCUCCGAGACUCUUAGAGCACUUAUGGAUCUCGCAGGUGGCGCAUCAUAUAGAUCACCAGUUCUUGCCUUGCGGUCAGUGGUUGAUGGCCUUAUUUCUGAUGGUUAUCGCAUGGCUGGCGAAGUCCGUCGCCGUAUCGACGAACUCGACAAGAGCAUGGAUGGACUCGAUCUCGACACAAAUGUCACCUCCUCUGAUCGAUCUCUGCUUGAAGAUUAG